CUCCAAAAAUGGGCCGCGAUACAGCCCAACAGAAGGGCAAGGAGACGAACCGAAGGAUCCAAAUCUAGCUUGCGUUUUUGGCGUGGUGUCUCCAGCACCGGCGGCGUGAUGGCGGACUGGGACGGGAUCACGGAGCGGGAGCGGCGGCAGAUGGAGGAGAUCCUGCAGCUAGACAUGGAGGAGCUCAACGUCGAGGUGGUCGAAGACGACGACGAGGAAGAGGUGGAGGAAGAGCAGGGUGACGGCGGCGGCGGCGGCGGCGGCGACGUCGAAGCCUUUCUCAGAGCAAAUUAUGGAGAUGGAGUGGCUGGCACCUCUGAACCAUUGACAUUCGAUACAUCUCUAGCCUCACUACACACCUACCUUGGUGAGGUUGAUGAUACUCGGGGUAGAGUUUCUCUCUUGGAUGGUGGCACAGUCGUCAACUUACCAAUGUUCUAUCUUCAAGGCGUUGUUCUAUUUCCUGGAGCUACCCUGCCUCUCAGAGUAAUUCAGUCUAGAUUAGUAGUAACCAUUGAUAAAGCUUUGGGACUAGUUGAUGCUCCAUGCACAAUUGGUGUGGUUCUCAUGCAUCGACUCUCAAAUCAUCGACAUUAUGCUACUGCUUCAGUUGGAACAACAGCAGAGGUCUCUCACACUCAUAUACGUCAGCUUGGAAGGUUGGAUGAUGGUUCAUUAAAUGUUGUUGCCCGCGGCCAGCAACGAUUUCGUCUGAGGAGGCAUUGGAUUGAUGUUGAUCGGGUGGUGUGGGGUGAAGUCCAAAUCAUUGAAGAAGAUACUCCCUUGAGAACUCCAAGAGAUGCAUUUGCUCAGCUAGCUGCAUCUGAUAGGUUCAAUCUGCACUCUUCUUCGUCAGUCGUCAGUUUUUAUAUAUCUCCUAUCAAACAAGAUCAUAUAGAUUCAGAACUAGAGUGCAGUACUCCAUCACCUAACAGUAAUGCAAGCAACCAUUCAUCAAUGGAUACAAAGCUGUGCCAUCUAGGUUCACAGUCGAGUGAUUCAAUGAAAUCAUCCUCAGAUGAAGAGGGAGAUUUGAUGCACCAGCAGUGGAGGCAGAAGCGACGUUCUGUGAGGGAAAGUGGUGCAUCAAGUCAUUCAGACAAGAAGACCAACAUGAGCAAUGAGGACGAUCUUUGCUUGACUCCUCUGCAACCAUUGCUAACUGCAAGAGCAAGAGAUACUAAACGGCGGCGACAGUACCAUGCUUACUCAAAGCAGGCUUCUCAGGCCCCAUUGUCAUUCUGGCCUCGGUGGGUGUAUGAAAUGUAUGAUUCAUAUACACUUGCUCGUAAUGCUGCAGAGUUGUGGAGACAGAUAAUUGCAAAACCAAACAUGGACGAUCAUAUAAGGAAGCCAGAUAUCUUGUCAUUUCACAUUGGAAGCAAACUUCCUGUCUCAGAAUCUGUCAGACAAAAACUUCUGGAGAUUGAUGGAAUUUCAUAUCGUCUACAGAAAGAAAUUCAGCUUCUCAAGGCCUUUAAUCUUAUUAAAUGUAGAAAUUGCCAGUCUCAUAUAGCAAAGCGUAGUGACAUGGUGGUGAUGUCUACUGAUGGGCCUCUUGGUGCCUAUGUCAACCCUCAUGGUUGUGUCCAUGAGACGAUUACAGUGAGCAAUGCAACUGGGCUUGCUCUCACUGGCAGUCCUUCCACGGUUCACAGCUGGUUUCCAGGGUACUCAUGGACGAUUGCAUCGUGCGCAGCCUGCGAGUCCCACAUAGGCUGGCUAUUCAGAGCCACAAAGAAGAACCUGCGGCCGAGGUCCUUCUGGGGUAUCCGCAGCUCCCAAAUUGCAGAUGACGCACAAGUAGAUCAGAGCGAGUGAUGCUCCAAGCUUCCCCGCAUAGAGUUAUAGACCAUUGUGGCUGUGAAAUACUAAAUUGCGCAUGUGACCUGGUGCUCCCAGUCCAUCUCUUCCUUUCGUCUAUAGCGGACGCACCAUAAGUGUACCUGGCUAGUUGCCUUUUUUAUUUCUGUAUGUAUCCGGGAGGGCGAAGUUCCUUGUGAAAUAAUCACUUUCUCAGGUUUGUUUGUUGUUGUAAAAUAGCCCUUCCGUGUUGUGAAAUAAUCCUUUUUCAUGAUUAAACUAAACUGUCUUUUUCCAUA